UGAUCGGAAAAAUCGAAAUGGUGGACGUAUCGGGACGCAGGAUCCCGAGAGGAGACGAAGGACGAUAAAUUGGGCAAGGGCCCAUCAUCCGUGUCAUCGGUAUUAUCAAUUCAAGAACACGAUUAUUCACGAAUAUUAGUGUAAUUUUCAGCAGAACCGGCGACAACCGAACUAACGCAGGAGUAUCGGUGACAGUAGACCUUGUUUACUGAAGUGUCAAUCCGCCCGUAUUGUACGUGUGUUCUCUAGGUGCGAGAAAACAGAAGAACAGUGUAUGUCGAGUGCGCGAGAGCCACAGCUGUAUCAUAUCGUUCUCUCGAUAGUACGUUUCUGUAACGGUUUAUAAGAAAAGGGGAUAUAUUUUAAAUAAACGAACAAAAAAAGAAGGAAAUUCGAAAUCGUGAAAACAGACGGCAAUGAGUUUACAGUGAAAAUUUCAGUCCAUGAUAGCAUGCACAAGAAUGCGAAGGUUUUGAUGAUUUAUAAGAAUGUAAGAAUGUGUCACACCGAGCGUCUUGUUAUCAGCAAAGGAGAUAAGAUACUUCUUUAACAUACAAAAGUUCUAUAAUACGUACAAAUGCAAAUACAUCUGUAAUCUUUUGCAAUAAGUGUAUUAAAAUACUCAAAUGGCAUGAGGAUGUUUACAAAACAUUGAAAACCUUGGAUUAUUGUCUCAGUGAAGAUACUGAGUUACUGCCUGCCAACAAUAGCACACCUACACUCUUUGCAACUAUACAGUAAAUGUCAUGAUAAAAUAUAAUGGCUAUCAGAAAGGUUUUGCUGGACAUUCAGUGUUAAAUGCAUGAUAUCUGAAUUAAAUACAUCAUCCUAUAAAUUCAAAAUACUCUAAUUAUUGAAGAACAAAAUCAACAGGAUUCUAUAAAAUUGACUGAAUAUAUAAAUUUAAAACAAAACAAAGAAACAAUAGAAUAAUUUUAAUGAUUCUGUUUUAUUAUACAAAAAAGAAAGGGUAUAUUAAUUUAUGAUUAUAAUACUUUGUGGUAUUCUGUCCUAUUGAUGAAAUAAUAUGGUAAAAUUAAAUGCGACCUUCAAGAGAAGUUUGGGAGCACUUUAAUUAUUUCUGUAUGUUAUGUACUGCAACGAAAGAAAAAAUACAAACUUUUAUUUUGUUGAACCAAUUCAUGAUUAAGAUUUGACAUGAUAUAUAUGUAUAUAAAUAAAGUCUUUUAGUUUAUAAAUAUUGGGUAAUUUUGAGUGCAUUUGACAAAUUUAAAUUAAUGUAAAAAUUACCUGUAAAUAAAUUAGCGAAACUGUAACUGAUUAUUUUUAAACAAAAUGUAUAAAAAUUAUUUUAAACGUUUACAUCAGUGGUUGUACAUAAUUGAGAAACAAAAAGAAGAAGAAACAAUACAUUUGAAAUUUUGCCUGGAUGAUAGAGGACAAAUUUGUUAACCCUAUAUAAAACAAGGGUUAAAAAAUGGACAGUUGUGUCUCGGGGGUAGUGCAAGUAUUUGUGGGUGAAUGGAGCCCAGAAUAUGAAGCACUUUCAAUUAAAGCUACAAAACAAACUUCCUCAGCUGAAAUAGUGGAGUGUAUUAUAGAGAGACUUGGAUUAAUUGAUGCGUCUGUUUCAAAUGGUUAUGAGUUAGCAGAAGUAGUAGGAAACUCUGUUGGGCAAGAAUGUAAAGAAAGAAGACUUGGGCCAUGUGAGUGUCCCGUGGCACUUAUGUUAUUAUGGCCAAAAAAUGCAGCGCAACAAGAAUACUACAGGUUUUAUUUGCGCAAAAAACAACCAGAUUAUUUGUGGUCAGAUAGUAGGUUUCCCAUGGAUCCACAACUCCUCAAGGACUAUUUUAAUAGAUUCCUAUAUCAACCACGAGAUAAGGAGUAUCCAGAUCUAUGUCAACUUCCAGAUCUUAAUGAACAAACUCUAUUGGACAACCUUCGGGCUAGGUUUUUAGCUGGAAACAUAUAUACAUAUGUUGGCAGCAUAUUAAUUGCAUUGAAUCCGUUUAAAUUUUACCCUAUUUACAAUCCAAAAUAUGUAAAACUCUAUCAAAAUAGAAGGUUGGGGCCAGAUAUACCUCCACAUAUAUUUGCCAUAGCUGAUGCAGCUUAUCAUUGCAUGCUUAAAGAAAAAAGAAAUCAGUGCAUUGUUAUUAGUGGUGAGAGUGGCUCGGGUAAAACAGAGUCAACAAAUUUUCUACUGCAUCAUUUGACAGCACUUAGUCAGAAAGGUUCUCAUGGUAGUGGUGUUGAACAGACAAUACUCAGUGCUGGUCCAGUACUAGAAGCAUUUGGAAAUGCAAAAACUGCACAUAACAACAAUAGUAGCCGUUUUGGUAAAUUUAUCCAAGUGAAUUAUAAAGAAAAUGGAAUGGUCCAUGGGGCGGUCGUACAAAAAUAUCUUUUGGAAAAAUCAAGAAUAGUUUCUCAAGGAAGAAAUGAAAGAAAUUAUCAUGUAUUUUAUUACCUUUUGGCUGGAGCAAGUGAACAAGAAAAGCAACUUUUGCAUUUAGAAAGUUGCGACCGUUACAAUUAUUUAAAUAAAAGUGGCUGUUAUGGACUAGAAAAUGUUGAUGAACGACACGAGUUUUCAAGGCUGAAACAGUCUAUGGAAAUGGUUGGAUUUACACCAGAAAAGCAGAGACGAUUGUUUGCAGUUCUGUCAGCUGUUCUUUUACUCGGUAAUGUGGAGUUUCAGCCUAGAAAAUCUUAUCACCAUCACGACGAAGCUGUGGGAGUUAAAAAUCCUGAAGUGGUUGCAUUGAUAUCUGAACUUCUUCGAGUAAAACAAGAAACUCUUUUGGCUGCACUUACUGCUAAACGUGCAAGAGCGUCUGGAGAAACAUUAGUUAUUAACUAUAGGCUUCCAGAAGCAAUUGCAGCAAGAGAUGCUAUGGCUAAGUGUUUAUAUGGAGCUUUAUUUGAUUGGAUUGUGCUUCAGGUGAAUCAUGCUUUACUUUCAAAGAAAGAUACCCUCAGAGAUCAUCAAGGCAAUAGCAUAGGUGUAUUAGAUAUCUUUGGUUUUGAAGACUUUAAAAUGUGCAAUAGCUUCGAACAGUUAUGUAUAAAUUAUGCUAAUGAACAACUACAACAUUAUUUCAAUCAGCAUGUUUUCCAAUAUGAACAACGAGAGUACAGAAAACAGGGGAUUAGGUGGACAGAUAUAGGCUACAGUGAUAAUUCAGGUUGUUUAAAUUUAAUAGAAGGGAAACCGAAUGGCCUCCUUUGUCUUUUAGAUGAUCAAUGCAACUUUCCAGGUGCAACGAAUGAGACACUGCUACAAAAAUUUAAUACAGUACAUAAAGACAAUCCAUUUUAUGAAGCACCACAACGACGCGAAGCAGCCUUUGUUGUACGUCAUUAUGCAGGAUCUGUUAAGUACCAAGCUGCUAAUAUGAGAGAAAAAAAUCUGGAUUUAAUGCGACCCGAUGGUGUUGUUGGUGUAUUGAAGAAUUCUUCCCUUGCUUUUGUUCGAGAAUUAGUGGGUGCAGAUCCGGUUGCGGUAUUUAGAUGGGCAAUACUUCGAGCAUUUUUUCGCGCUCAUUUUGCUUUCCAAGAAGCUGGUCGAGCUCAUAGACAUGGUCGAGCUGAUGGUACAAAAACAUCUAUACAAAACAGGUAUAGGACACCGAACGAGAAUUUAAUAAGCCAUCUUGUGACGUUGUCGACCGUCAAUCUAACUAUUAACCGAAUCGCGAAAAAUAAAUCAUUUCGACCAAGAGAACGGGGUAAGAAGGGUCUAAAAAAUCUACAAACUGUAAAAACACUUGCUGGAAGAACGCAAAGUUACGGCUCAGGACCUGGAAAAGCAAGAAAGCAGCCUAUGACAGUAUCUGCACAAUUUCAACAAAGUCUGCAUAGUCUUAUGGAUACGUUAAACCAAGCAAACCCUUUCUUCAUUAGAUGCAUUAAAAGCAAUGCCAACAAGGUACCAAACGAGUUCGAUGAAGAAACAGUGCAACGACAGUUAAGAUAUACAGGAAUGUUAGAAACAGUCAGAAUAAGACAAGCUGGAUUUAACGUUAGAUUAACAUAUGAGGAAUUUAUUCAAUUGUAUAGAAUGUUAUUACCUAAGGGCUUAUUAAGUUCUCAGUCUGACGUUAGAGAUUUUCUAUUGACACUAAAUUUAAAUAGAGAUGAUUAUCAACUUGGAACAACUAAAGUGUUUCUUAGAGAAUCAGAAAAAAUUAAACUAGAUAUUGAAUUACACCAACAAAUCAUUACAAGCAUUACAACUAUACAAAAAUGGUUCCGUGCGUGUUUAGAAAGAAGGAAAUUCCUUAGAUUGAAAAAUGCAGUUGUGCAAAUACAAUCAUUUUGGAGGAUGGUCAUUGCCCAAAGAUUUGCUCAUUCUUUACGUACUAGAAUUGAGGCUGUCAUUCACAUCCAGUCUGCUUGGAGGGCAUAUAAACAGCAUAGUUGGUUUAAGAAACUUAAGUCCUGUGUAAUUAUGUUUCAAGCUCAUAUUCGCGGUAAUAGAGCGAGGAAGACUUUCGCAGAAUUAAAAAAACAGAAAAAAUUGCUUGUUGAUAAAAUCGGAGAGUAUAAAGAAACUCAAAAUCAAGGAGAGCUUGUAUAUGAUAACAGUAAGGUAUAUCCUAGGCUCAGGAAUAACGAAGAGUCACUCACAGAUCAGGGCUUGUUGGAAUUUAAUACGAUUCGUAAAACGGAGUCUCAGAAUCGUCUUACGUCAGCAAGAAUGGAUAAUGUACUUCGAGAUAGUACAGCUGAUACGAGUAUGUCAUAUUCAAAGCGUAAAAUUAUACCAAAUACAAGAAUAUUACAAGAAUCUAGCUCGAUCUUAAGAAACACGGAUUCUUUUCCUUCGGAUGAAUUUAAUGAGCGUAAAAGUAGCUUGGAAAGUUUGACUAGUUUAAGAAGCUAUGAAUCUCAAGUGAGCAACAGUUCUGAAUCUCAAGACAAUUCUUAUGGCAAACCGGUACCGAGCACUAGAACAAAACGCUGUGAUCAAUCUCCAGUAGUUGCCGCAAAUACAAACUUAGUAAAUGCUUCGAGCCGAUUGCCGCCUGUUAAUAAACGAGCAGACAGUUCAUCGACGGGAUAUAGCGAUGGAGAAACUGAUACAGAAAUUCCGAGUACAGUACAAAGUGCUCCGCCUGUUUUUAACACAGCUCCAUCAUUUCCAAGUCCACGAGAAAUUACAUACCAUCAAUCUAACAUGAGUUUAACGCAUAGUCCAAAUUCAGACGUCUGGCGUCGCCGAGCAGACUUUUCUUCGUCCAUUAACUAUAGUGAUUAUUUACUGCCUGGUCCUCAAAAAUCAACCUUGACGCGUUCUCCAAACGUUUCUCAAUAUAAAAGUAUAGCGGAUAACAUGUUCGAGCAAGUGCAACAAGACAAACCAAACGAAGCAUCGAAUUAUAAUGUGAAAUUGGAUAGUGACCGUUUUAUUCAUAUGGAUAGUUCAUCAGCUAGAGAACAACGUCGAUUAAGUGAUAAUAGUGUACCGAGCGAGCGGAUUGAAAGCGUCCCAGUUUCACCUAUCAGACGUGAUCAUGGUUAUGGCCACAGUAAAGAAAUGAAAGAUUUUAGUUACUUGAGAAGGCAAAACUCGGAAGGAGAUACAUCUAUGAAAUUAGAUGCUGUGAACGAUGAAAAUGCUUUAAAAAGUCCCUUGUUGAAAGGAACUUUGCCCAAGGAGAAAAAUUCGAAACCAAAGGAAAAAUGCGAACCCGACGUGCCUGUCAGAAGUGCCAGAAGAAAUCGUCCCACUAGAGAAGUCCAGUGCCGAUCUAUGGGUGAGAGUGUAUCAGAAACCAACAGUGGAGAAACCAAAAGUCUAUUUCUGGGUACAAUCAAAGAGAGUGACCUACAUAAAGCAACAACUAUAAGACCUCGGAAAGAUAGUCCGCAUGAUACACCAUCCAGAUCAAUAACAGAUUGGCCUGUAAACAAAAAUGAAGCUGCAUCGAAGACACAACAACCUGGAAAGCGCAUGAGAUCUAAUGCUAUAACAACAUUAGAGCUGAGGAGAAGAAAUUCGGACCCAGCAACUAAAAUAUCAGGACUUAGCGAAGACAAACCUGGAACUGAUACAAGUCCCAAUGACCUAAAACUCGCACCUGGAAUGAAUCUAUUAGAAUGGAAAGGCAAUCUUUUCACGUUAGCCGGUCAUUGUUUUAGAAAAGUAACAAGGUUUGCCAAAGACGAUGUGUGCGUAUGCUGCCACGAAAAGAUGGAUGCGUUCGUAACACAGGGGCACAAAUGUAUUGACUGUAAACAAUUAUACCAUGUCAAAUGUAUUCAGAAUGGCGGAGUACUUAAAAUGCCAUGUAUAUUAGCAAACACUCCAGGUAGGCGAAAACACAGGAAACCGCCACGAACGCCAUACGAUGCCUCGAAACAAGUAGUGGUAUCGAAAUUCAGCUUAACCGGUACAUCCGCGUUCUCUGACAGUACCGAUAAGAUUAUAUCCGACGCGAAAGAGUUAGCUCUCAUGCAAGAUUUUAUUACGAAGAAGAUAUACAUAAUGGAAGGACAAGAGGAAGGCAGGAAGCCAAGCGAAGUCGAUCGUGUAUUUAGGCAGGCUUUGCGUAAAUUUAAAGACGACCUAGUGAUCACUUACAGUGUUGCUAUUCAGCAAGGUGUGGAAGGCAACAUCAAAUACACUGACUUAAUUGCGAACUUUUUGCACGUAAUAGAAACAGUCUGCAAACAAGAAAAUACCAGUGAAGAUUUUCCCGUGACGAUGGGAGUAAAUGCAUUUAGAGGAUUCAUGAAUGAAUUUAUGACGCUAGUCAAAACAGAAGCACCGGAGAAACAGAGUAAAAGCAAGCGUAAGAAGGAAAAGAAACGAAAACAUGAAGAACCAAUACGUCAUGGUAAUCAUAUGUUCCAGUUAACUAUUAUAAACAUCCCUACAGCUUGUGAAGUAUGUACGUCUUUCUUUAUGUGGCCUAUCGAGCGAGGACUUGUCUGUCAGAAUUGUAAGUUAACGUGCCACAAAAAGUGUUAUAUAAAAGCGUCGGCAGAAUGUGGAAAGGAAGCGUCGCACGAAAUGAACUCACGGAAAAUAUUUGGUGUACCGUUGUAUAAAUUGGACUGUGGUGACGGUAAAGUACCGAUAGUGGUAGAUCGGUUAAUUACAACCAUAGAGAUGCAUGGUCUGUAUACGGAAGGUAUAUAUCGAAAGAGCGGUGUCAGUUCCAAAGUGAAGGAAUUAAAAGUGAAAAUGGACGAAGGUGAUCUAGAAAAAGUGGACUUUGAGAAUUAUCAAGUACACGUGCUUGCAGCAGUAUUGAAAAGUUUCUUUCGAGAUAUGCCAGAGCCUCUCCUCACCUUCGAGUAUUACGAUGAUUUUCUGCAUGCUGCGAACUUAACGGAUCCUCGGGAUCGAAUCAGUACGCUAUUUGCAAUUUUGAAGAAGCUGCCGAAGCCAAACUUCGAUUUGAUGGAACGACUGAUCGUUCAUCUAGCUAGAGUAGCGCUUCAUGAAGUCGACAAUCGAAUGUCUCCGUCAGCCCUAGCAAUAGUCUUCGCGCCGUGCAUUCUAAGGACGAAUAGGACGUUGCCCGCGCAAGAUUCUUUACAAGAUGUUGGCAGGCAGACUUGUUGCGUCGAAACGAUCGUACAAGAGAAAUUGAGGGUCGUGCGAGCAACUUUAGCCGACAUAAAUACACUCGAAUCCGCUUGUCAUACGGCGACUUAUCGUUUAUCCAGUUUACGAUCUUCGAAAAUCUUCAGCCCAGAGGAGUUAAACGCUGCGACCCCAAGUGUGACUGCCAGAGGUGGUACUACAGAUCGAGAGAGAGAUCGAGGCGAUGAAGAGGAGGCGCUUCUCGUCGAUCAUAUACAAGAAAUCCAAAAGGAAAAGGCCCUACUAACUUCAACUCUUCCCAGCCUAACGAGAGCUUCUUCAGACGACGACCUACUUCUAUCUGCCACAGACUUGGACGAUGGAUCUCUUGACGAUCUUCUUCCAUCUUCUGCCGACGGACUCGUAAGAAAGAGACCUAUCCAGAGGCAAAGUUCCGCAGACAAUGCAUUUCCGACGAUCAUUAGUGUCGAUGAAGACAUGGUAAUGGUAUGACCAUCCACGAUAAACGUUACCACGAAGAAUGAUGAUCGUCAAGUGUAGCAACAUGACACACGCUGUGAAGCGUUGACUGACGGCAGCGAAUCGACGAGUCUUACCUCUGGUCUCAUCGGCAAGCCGCUAGUAAUUUAAAUAAGUAGUAAACACGAUAUUAGGUAGGUCUAGUAAUUUGUUCCACACGAAGUUCAGCUGAUAAUUCGAUCAAACAUUAUAUAUAUAUAUAUUAUAUAUAUGUAUAUAUAUAUAUAUAUUAUUAUAUAUUAUUAUAUAUAUAUAUAUUAUUAUAUAUAUAUAUAUUAUUUUUUUCACUCUGUCGCAAAGCUUUCAGGGGUUUCUAAAGAAUGUUUAACAAAUUACGCGAAUAUAUAGCUUCACGUGAAAUGUAUUAAAUAUUCAUUUUAUAAUCUAUUUUUCUCCUGGAAUGCAUUCCUUUUAUUGAAGACUGUGUCAAUCAGGCUGGAUAUCUUGAAAGCUCCAUCGAAGCAGAACAUUUACAUUUUGUAGGUAUUCUAUAGUAGAGUAUCUCUUCAUUUUGAUACAUCAUGUUUCAUUCCUCUGUACCAUGGACGUGAAGAGUUAUGAUAGUUAUCUUGUCAAGAAAAAUGGAAAACUAGACAAGGAUUAUCGGUUGUUGUUACAAAUGUUUAGUCGCAUUUAAAUUCUUCUUCUACUUCAAGUUUUUUAUCGGUUCGUUUGAAAACAAUCUAUCCUUGUUCUUCGCUCUUCUUACAGAUUUUAUAGACUGUUGCGUGAAUCAACACGAUAAUAACUACUUUUUUUUUUACUAGAAAAGGCGCAAGUUUAUGCUGAGUUUUUUGACAACCGCAGGUUUAGAAAGGAAGGUAUUCGUAUUGUUUCGUUAGCAGAAUAAUGGAAAAAGGACGAUAGAAAAGACGGUGUAUAGAACAAUAUCAUUGAUCGAUGGCUUGAAAAGAAGUGAUAACGAGUCACCUCGUCAGAUUUUGUUUUUGCCAGACAUAUUCCGUUAACUUUGUUUUUUUUACAUAGAAUACUCGCGCACGCGAUGCAAUAGAUAGUUAUCGAAUCGCUGCUUCAAGCAAGUGAUUCGAAUCACGCGGAAAGAGGGAAAGAGGAAACCAAAUUGUAGCUUGUACAUAUAUUAUUAGGUUAUCCGAGAAGUUCGUGCCAAUUUUUAUACCGUUGUUCCGAUCAAUAUUUUAAUCGUAUCUUUGGAUGCUAUGAAAAGCGUAAUCAACCAGUUUCUUCCACAGCUUCUUUUGUUUUUCCUUUAUUUCCCCCUCCUUUUUUUCUUUCUGGCAGAAACAUAUUAAUCAUUAAUGAUCUUUUCUAAUCUUCCAUUCUAAUCUCUAUUACUAUAUUGAUAUUAUUAAAUAAAUUUGUUUACUCGUUAAAAAGUAUUUUUCAUAGAGUGCAAUUCUAAUUUUUCUCGCCAGAAUAGCGAUUCGUUUUGGAUAAUGCCUAAACAUACCCGUACAAGUAGAACCAUUUUAGGUAAAUAUAAUGCGGCGUAAACUUCUCGAGUCACCCGAUAUAUACGAUAAUGAGUAUCUCGUAAUAAUCUGUUAUUAUUGUUAUCUUUACGAGAGUCGUUACCAAGAUUAUUUCUAUUGUCGAUAUAUGCCGUAUAGGGUUUAUACACGCCUAUAUUCCGUUGAUAAAAUACAUAAAACGCAAACACACACACGGCCUGCCAAUUAUGUACUUUCGUAUCAGUUUUUACUUAGGCUACUUUUUUUCAUACAGGGAGACUCCUUUAUAUACAUAAACGCGUUCGAGCGAAUACGUACUAAUGUAUAGAUAUUACAUAGACACACGGAUUACACAUACACGUGGAAAACAUUUGUAUACAGUAAUACUUAUGUAUAUACAAAGACUUUUUUUGUAUGCACCGGA